AUCUAAGCAAAAUAUGGCAAAAAAACCAACGCGGUUCACCAUUGCGGGUGCUUGAUAUGUGCUGUGGGAAAGGUGGUGAUCUGCUUAAAUGGAGAAGAGGCAAUAUUACACAUUUAAUUUGUGCGGACAUAGCUUCGACAUCUGUUGAGCAAUGCGAAAACCGAUACAAGGAGCUACAGAACCGCAAUCGCUCGGAUCUAGGUUUUGGACCUGUAUUCACUGCUGAAUUUAUUUCAGCAGAUUGUACUAAGGUCCGUUUAAGAGAACGGUACAAAGAUCCAUCAAUUGAAUUGGACGUGGUAAACUGCCAGUUUGCAUUCCACUAUUGCUUUGAAAGUUUACCACAAGCAGAGUGCAUGAUACGCAAUGCUGCAGAGUGUUUAAGAAUAGGUGGCUUCUUCAUAGGUACUAUACCAGAUGCAUAUGAAGUCAUGUACCGUCUACAGAAAUCGGGAAAGACGUCUUUUGGUAAUGAAAUAUAUUUUGUAGAUUUUGAAGGACGUGUGCCCCCAUACCCAUUGUUUGGUACAAAAUACAAUUUUCACCUGGAAGGUGUAGUUGACUGUCCAGAAUUUUUGGUUCAUUUUCCAACAUUUGUCAAGCUUGCCGAAAAAUAUGGUCUGCAGUUAGUAGCCAAGGAAAGGUUUGGUGAAUUUUACAGCCGACAUAAACCAGAAGGGAAAUCAUUACUUCAAAAGAUGCAAGCCCUUGAGACAUAUCCACCCUUCCAUGAUGCACCUUUGUUAGGUAAUGAUCCAGAUGAUUAUGAACAUGUCCAGCAAUAUAUGCAGAAAUCAACAGGACACAGGAAAGUUGGUACGCUUUCAAAGUCGGAAUGGGAAGCUGCUUCUCUCUACCUGGUCUUCGCCUUUGAAAAGGUGAAGAAAAUAUAAUAAUAUAUCAAGUGCUUACAAUCAUUUUACGGAAAAAAGAAUGGACUAUGGACUCUGCUGUGUGUAAAAUCACUGGGAAUAGUGAUUAACUAAAUCACUAAAAUGUCAUAUAUGUUGUGUGUCACAAAUUGUGAAAGGAUCUCAGUAGAUUGUUUUUAAUUUCAGGACUAAUGAUUUUUAUACCUUUUGUAAUAUAUUUAUAUGUUUCCAGAACACACUAGGUUUUUUUUCUAGUGACGCAAAAAAUCUCAAUAUAAAUAAUAUAUAUUAGUUGGCAAACUUUUGUGGUGAAAUGCACUAAGAAGCAAAUCGUGAAGUUUACAGGUAUCUUAUGAUUUUACAAGUUAGACUUUAGCAAUGAUUAGUAUGUUUUGAAACAGAUGUGAAAGAAUAUGUCAGUAUUAUUCAUUUUCACCAGAAUUUGUUUUAUUGUAAAAGUAAACUGAAUUGAGUCAAAUAAUAAUUCCAUUAAAUAUCCUACAAAAGUUAUUUUAAAGAUACAUUAUAUUUUUGAUGAUUCAUGUACUCCGUCUUAUAGUUAGAAUCUGGUUGUAAGUUAAUGUAAAGCAGCAAGAAAUUGUGGUAUGGACUUUCCUGUACUGUUGCAUAAGAACAUGAUAAGUAGUUGUAAUUUGAUGGUGUAUUGCAGAUUUGCCUCCAUAUAAUCUUUCUUACUGCUAGCCAUUCUUCUACUGAAGUACUGGAUAUUACAUACCGUAAAAAGAGAAAAAUGAUGUAUACAUAAUUGAAACUAAGGUUUUUAUUAAAAUGGAGCUUUUAUAUAACAUUAGGUAAACACUGGAAGGUAAAAUGGAUGUUCUAUAUGGCAGCUACUAUGCUACUGUUGAUGAGAGGUAAUUUCAGUCACAGUAUUUACUAUGCAACACGAUCACGGAUGCUGCAGCAUCUGCAUUUCUUCAUGUAAAAGUGAAAACACAGCAAAAAAUUGUACUCUGCUAAUGGACUGGAAUAAAAUGUCUUUGAGGAAAGGAA